CCGGGCGUGUCACGUGAUAGGGGCGGUGCGCGGGCAGGGAUGGGGCCGGGCUCGUCACGUGACGGACGGUGGGCGGGACCAAAGGGACGCUUUUGCCUCCCGGGCGCGCCCGGCCACAGGCGGCGGCAGCGGAGGCAGUGGAGCGAUGGACGGCUCCGGAGAGCAGCCGCGAGGCGGGGGUGAUCUGGGGGCCACAAGCUCGGAGCAGAUCAUGAGGACCGGAGCCGUGCUGCUGCAGGGGUUUAUCCAGGACCGGGCGGGCCGAGUGGCGGGGGGUGCCCCCGAGCUGCUCCUGGACUCCAUGGGGGACUCGGCCCCGCUGCCUUCAGACCCCAGGACCAAGCGGCUUACCGAGUGCCUGCGGAGGAUCGGGGACGAGCUGGACAGCAACAUGGAGCUUCAGAGGAUGAUCGCCGCGGUGGAGACCGACUCCCCCCGGGAGGUGUUCUUCCGAGUGGCAGCCGAGAUGUUUUCCGAUGGGAACUUCAACUGGGGGCGGGUGGUGGCCCUCUUCUAUUUUGCCAGCAAGCUGGUGCUCAAGGCGCUUUGCACCAAGGUCCCGGAGCUGAUCCGAACCAUAGUGGGCUGGACCCUAGAUUUCUUGAGAGAACGGCUGCUCACCUGGAUCCAGGAACAGGGUGGCUGGGACGGCCUCCUCUCUUACUUCGGGACACCAACUUGGCAGACAGUGACCAUCUUCGUGGCUGGCAUCCUCACCGCUUCCCUUACCAUCUGGAAGAUGUCCUAGGGAGGGCUUGGGGGCCUGGCUGCCCCCACCCUCAUGCGGGCUCUCUUUGGACUGUCUGUUUUUAGGCUAAAUUAUGGGUUUUCCAACGUGGGGGGAGGGGAGGGGAGGGAGAGAGGGAGGCACAUUUUUCUUACUUUUGUAAUUAUUUUGGGGAGUGUCCCAGGGCCUCUGGUAGUGCCCCAAAGGAUGUUUGGGCUAAGGGGUGGUGCCACGAGUGUUAACCUUGGCCAAUAAACAUCAGCUUUGGAGCAGG